UCUGGCACAUACGACCAUAGGGUGUGGAGAACAGGGCUUCCCGUCCGCUCAGCCGUACUUAAGCCACACGCCGGGAGGUUAGUAGUUGGGUGGGUGACCACCAGCGAAUCCCUUCUGUUGUAUGUUUUUAUGCGUUCCUUUUUCAUUUUCCUGGUGAUGGAUAAGCCUCAGUCUUUUAGACCUCUCUUUUUUGUUGGUGCUGGAAUGCCUUGUUGUGGGACCAUGAGCAAUCCGCUCAUAUUUGUCGCCGUACCCACAGUAUAG